AUGGAACUGCAUGCGGAAAAAGAUAACCCAAUACCUAGGCGACGUCAGGCCGUGAAGGCUCAGAACCCGGAACUUUUCCUUGAUCGUAUUGAUCACCCUAAAGAUCUCCCGUGGCUGAUCGUGCCUGUACGGUCAGCCAUGGAUAAGGAUGGCAAGGGCGUCGAAAAUUGGGAUUUCCUUAUGGUAUCCGCAAUGGACCUCUACCAUGAUUCAUGCAGGUACCGAGAAAGCUACCAGUUGCAUUUUUGGGCAGUGCAACACUUUGGGGUACGUUCUAGUUUCGUUCCACCGUCUAGUUAG